GGAAGUGACUAUGUGGCUUUAAGGCUGUCAAUCACCUUUGCUGCGAAUGAAGACAGAGUGUGUUUCAAUGUGACGAUACUGGAUGAUAGGCUGAGUGAAGGAGUUGAGAACUUUGUUGCCAGAAUCUCAUCCGUUCCGAGUGGAGUCGACAUUGGAAAUCCUGAUACAGCUGUCAUAUCAAUAAUGGAUGAUGAAACUUUGAUUGUAGAAUUUGAAGUUUCAGAAUACACAGUCGUUGAAAAUGAAGGCACGGUUGCUGUGUGCCUCAGAACUAACAUUGGAAACGAUGCACCUAUCAAUGUAAUUGUCAGCACUAGCAACGUAGCAACUUCUGAUGGUGACUACAGUGGAGCCCCCCAAGUGAUACUGAUUCCUGUCUCUACGGGGCCUUCCAGAACUUGCGCCGACAUUGCCAUUACUAACGACAACACUGUCGAAAACGAUGAGGAUUUCCUGGUCUCAUUCGAGAUUCCUCCCGACACCAAUGCAAACGAAGGUGUUAUAACCUCGACUCGUGUGCUGAUCAUUGAUGACGACACUGUUGAAGUGGGAUUCAGUCCAUCAGUAUACUCAGUGGCCGAAGACGGCAUAUUUGUAAUUGUCACUGUUAUCAGUAGAAACCCUAACUUGUUGGAGAGAGAGGUUACUGUCAACAUUCAAACAGUCUCUGGAACUGCAGUCGAUGGAUUAGAUUUCGUUGGGAAUAAUGAGGUGCUAACAUUUGGACCUGGUGACAGCAGUGGCAGCACUUUGAUCUUCAUCAAUAAUGACAACUUGUAUGAGGGAACGGAAGAUUUCACAGUAAUACUGACUACCACGGACUCUGCUGUGGAGAUAUUUCAACCUGUUGCAGAUAUCACCAUUACCGAUGAUGAUGUGAGAGUUUACUUCGAAAGUGACAGUUACGUAGUGUCGGAAACAGACGGACAAGUAAAUAUAUGUGUCAGGAGAGAAGGCGACACGUCAGGAAGUCUCACAAUUUAUGUAGCGACUGAAGAACUGAUCCCUACACAAGCACAAUACUUCGUGAUUGACUUUGAGGCACCAGAAUACACCGUGUCAGAAAAUGGAGGAAGUGUCUCCGUAUGCCUGAGAACCAGCACAGGAAAUGCAGAACCAGUGACUGUUGUCUUCAGUACAAGACACGUAACAACCUCAGAUGGUGACUACAGAACUAUUUCACAAGUGAUAAUCCCAGCCUCUCCUGGGUCCUCCAGAGUAUGCGUCGAUAUUCCUAUUGUCGAUGACACCAUUGUUGAAAACACUGAGGAUUUCAUUGUCACGUUUGAGGGUCCGCCUGGGACCAGUGGAACAACAACGUUCACACGUGUUGUGAUCGUGGAUAACGACUAUGCACAGAUAGGUUUUAACCCUUCCGUGUACACUGUGAGUGAGGAUGGAGCAGCAGUAAUCAUCGUAGAGAACUUGACUCCUCAGCUAGAGCGAGAUGUUAUCGUUCAAUUCUACACUGUUGAUGGAAGUGCUGUUGAUGGCACAGAUUUCGUUGGAGUGACAGAAUCACACCCAGAAGUUUUGACAUUUUCUCCUGGUGAAACACUGGAGUUUAUCAUUAUUCCAAUAGUAGACGACACCAUUUUUGAAGGAUCUGAGGAAUUCAAAGGCACACUAACGACAACAGAUGCUGCUGUAAUAAUCACACAACCAAAUGCUACUGUGCAUAUUAAUGAGAACGAUGUGGUGAGAGUUUACUUUGAGAAUGACAGUUACUCGGUGGAUGAGGAAAACGGUCCAGUGAUAGUGUGUGUUGUGAGAGAAGGAGAGAUAGCAGACACGCUCACAAUUCAAAUCUCCACCGCUGAACUGGUGCCACCUCAAGCUACAGCUGGUGCAGACUUUCUACCACUAAGUGGAAUCCCCAUCCAGUUUAGGCCUGAUGAGUACAGAGUAUGCCGGCCUAUCUCUAUUGUACGCGAUGAUGAGCCAGAAGAUAUCGAGGAUUUUUCUGUAAUCAUAACAACUGCACCGCCUGGAGUGUUAUUUGGAACACCUAACAGAACAAUUAUCUCCAUCUAUGAUGAACCCACAGUGAUCACAGCACAAGUGUGUGGAGGUGUGUGUGACAGACUCGAUAAGAUUGAAGCAAUGCUGCAAAAAAUCUGCGAUAAACUCGAUGUUCAAGAUGUCCAGUUGCGAGACAUUGUGAAUGCUCUCCUCAUUGAACCAGCCAAGUAAUUUUCCACUCAGUGUCAUCUCCUGAACAUUAACCAAAACUUUUGCAACAGAGAAACUUUUUAGUUCAGUGUUAACUGUAUUAAUGUUGUUUGAUAAAUCUGCACUAUUCCCAUUAUGUUUG